AUGUCGACCUCUAGCUUCCCACUCGAGGGAUUCGCCGGGUACACGUCCCUGACAGUACCCUUCAAAACCACACCAGAUGGGCCCAUCAAUGCCGACGUUGUGUACCCCGAAAAGUCGGAUGGGUCUCCGGCUGUCGUCCUGCUUCACUACCACGGCGGUUUUCUUGUUGUUGGAGACAGAUUUGCGUUUUUGCCAUACUGGCUGGUACACGCUUGCGCCGCGCGAGGAUGGAUCUUUGUAACUCCUGAUUACCGCCUAAUGCCCGAAUCAACUGCCCAUGACACUAUCGAAGACGCCGCGGACGCCUACAAAUGGGUCCACUCAUCGCUCCCAGAGCUACUAGGCCGCCCUGUCGACUCAACAUUGCUGGCUGGGUCAAGCGCCGGGGCGUACUUAGCUCUCAACACAGCCGUCUCGGCCACCAAGAAGCCUAGUGCUCUGCUUCUUAUCUAUGGAAUGCUCAAUCCCGCUGGACCUCGAUACAUAACUCCCGGGAUGAACAUAUUUGGGCGGCCGCUGGUCGAGACUGGCGGUAUCUUGGAAGCAUGGCCUAUGAAGAAGGCUCAAAGCGACAAGAGGAAGCCAGUCUCAGCUUAUCCUGUCACCAACCCGGCGACUGACCCGAGACUCGCUCUUGUUGCGGCGCUACACAUUGAAGCCUUGUUUCCUGACUAUAUGACUGGAGUCGCCGGCCUUGCUCGCCAGAUUGCCACCGAAGGAGUCAAGGCAAUACCAGAAGGACACCGGCCUCUGUUUCCACUCCACUUUGGCGACCUGAACGGCCUCCCACGCGUCAUGCUACUUCACGGUAUCAAUGACACAGCCGUGCCACUUGAGUGUAGUACCGAGGCGGAAGAGAAGCUUAAGGCAUCUGGAGUGCAAGUGUUCACAAAAUACCCGCCAGACGCGGAGCAUGGCUUCGACGCAAGGGCUGGUAAGGUCAACGUUGAGACCUCAACUGGGAAUGAUGUGAUUGCUGUAGAGUCUCUCCGUAAAGUAAUUGGGUUCCUUGAACAGUCUGUAGUCAACUAG